UGACCCUUGUUCAUGUGUCUGUGACUAAUGCUUUGUUAUCUGGACUGUUCUGGAAAAAAAAAAAAAAAUUCUGGACAGUGUUGGUCUGAGCAGGGUACAGAAUGGCUGGGGCACAACCAUUCUCAGCAGAUGGCAAUCAGGAAUUAUUUCCCUGUGAAGUCUGUGGAAGACGCUUUGCAGCAGAUGUUCUGGAAAGACAUGGACCAAUUUGUAGAAAACUCUUCAACAAAAAACGUAAACCUUUCAAUUCCUUAAAACAAAGAUUGCAGGGCACUGACAUUCCCACUCUGGGGAAUGCGCCUCAGUCCAAGCCACAACCCGUGAGAAAAUCUAACUGGAGACAACAGCAUGAAGACUUCAUUAAUUCGAUUCAGUCAGCAAAGCAGUGUACACUAGCCAUUAAAGAAGGCCGGCCUCUCCCACCUCCACCCCCUCCGACCAUCAACCCAGAUUAUAUUCAGUGUCCAUAUUGUAAGAGGAGAUUUAAUGAAACUGCAGCCAGUCGACAUAUUAAUUUCUGCAAGGAUCAAGAGUCUCGCCGAGUCUUUGAUCCAGCCCAGACAGCAGCCAGAUUGGCAUCCAGAGCACAGGGUAGAGCUCAAAUGAGUCCAAAAAAGGAACCGACUGUAACCAGUGCUGUGGGAGCUCUGCUGCAGAACAGGGCCCUGGAGGCCAGUGCAGCGCCAACCAGGCCAGGAUCAGCAGUGGACCCUGCUUCUGGAGCAAAACUCAGACAAGGAUUUACUAAAUCUUCUAAAAAAGAUUAACUCCUAGAGGCCAGCCUGACUCCCUAAGCGUCCUUGACCUGGAUGGUUGUACCCAGGAACUCCACCUAAGGUGAGGGGACCGGAGGCAUCUGUUUACACGCCUGCAAU